AUGGCCAUACCGACCUCACCAACCUUCUGUAGAGGCUAUAUCCUAGCCCAACAACAUCCCUCUUACGACCCCCAAGCUAAUCCUGAGUCAGCCAUCGACCCAUAUGCGGUGAUCCCUUGUCCACACGAUGUCAAGGUGCCUCAACCGGUUUCGCAAAGAUGUAAAAUAUCUACUGGGGCGAGGGCAUGCUGGAGAGCCAAAUAUUGCGAGAUGCAUUGGUGUGGCGGGUGUAAGAAGGUCAAUGGAGCUGGGAGGGCGAAACUAGGGGAGUCUAACGGGGUGGUGAAAGUUUAA